AUGGAGACUGCUCCUCUGACUCUGGCUCAUACCCAUGCCCGGAACGCAGUCCUUGAAACUCGCAAGUCCAAUCCGGUAGCUGCAAGCGAAGAGCACGACUUGGCUGCUGGUGAGUUUGCAACAGUUGCGCAAAAUAGUAAGGAUCGUGAGGCUUUACGAAUGCUCCAUCUGCUCGAACAGCACCACAAGAAACUCGCACAUAUCCUUCGCUUCCAACAUGAGAACCCACCGUCUGCUGCUACCGGGGAAACUUCCCAAAAUAUUACAGAACCAGUGACGUCGAAGACCGAUAGCCACCAGCCUCCAAAACUGAUCGGAAACCCCCGUGUACCAAAAAGAGAAACAUCUUCGAUAGCGAGCAACUUAGCAUCCGCACGAGGAAUCCCAGCCCAGCCGCGCCGUGCGUCACCUGCAUCGCCUACUCUCUCGUCCCAGCAGGCUGGGGCGAAAAUGACGGACGGACGUGCGAAGGCCAAAGAUAGCGAGUCGAGAUUAAGAGGUACGCAGGCGUCUGGACAGAGAGAUCAUGCGAGCCGCACCCCGAGUCAGAAGCAACCGUGGUCGCCACCGGUUGCUAGCCCUACCGAUAUCACCUCCCAACAAUUCGUACCAUCCGAGCCAUCAGAACCGGCGCAGCCUAUGCACCGACAAUCUACCACCGAGGAAUCGUUUCAACGGUUCUACUCAACAUUUGAAGGUCUCAUUUCUCGGAUAUCAGCACCGUUGGCCUUUGCGGGACUUCCUCUUGGAUCAGAUGGUAGCAACAAUGCCAAUGCAACUCGUAAAUCGUCUGCGGAGACAAGAAUUGAUAGACAAACCGCCGUGUCGGAUCGUUCCGGAUCCUCCGCUGAGCCUGAUAUUAGCCGCAUAUUUUCCCGUGCCGCUCUAAAAGCCAUUCGUGGCUCAAAUGGAGGAGGGGGUGGGAUGGGAACAGGAAACCCAGCAGAAUCGUUCUACGUGGUGCCUACGACUGGUGGAACCGUGUCUUACGCGGGUAUUUUGACCAGGGCUGAAAAGGAAGCGCGCCGAAACAGUAUCGAUGAAGCGGACGAUGACUUCGUCGAUGCCCGAGAAACACCUUCCUCGCCAGAGUUGCUCCAGACUAGCAAAGGCAAGGGCAAGGGCCAACCAAGCCGAGGGAGCGAUAAACCCGCGGGCCUCCAACCGCCUAAAACACUAGAAGAACUGCAAAUGGAGAACCAAGCGCUACGGCAUCUGUCCGACACCUUGUCUAAACGCUUACAUAUGUGGGAAGUCAAUGCACAGUCAUCAUCCAUGGCCCUACAACAGUCUCUGAAAGCAAUGCACCACCAAAACAUUCCAUCUCCAGAGCACGGCCCCCAAUCUGGCUCUGCGGUGCCAUCACCAACGGCAGCUCUCUCUACAGCAGCAGCCACGGAGCAAGACCAGCGCAUAAAAGAGCUCGAGGAAAUAAUCCGACAGGGUGAAAAGGAACUUGACCAAGCGGGUAGGGAGAAUGAAAAACUCCGCAAUGUGCUCGGCCGUUAUAGAGAUCGGUGGGAAAAGCUCAAGGAGGGAGCUAAAUCAAGGCGUGCAGAAGGAAGGGCUGGAGAGUCCAGCACAAAGUCUACCAGCGCAGGCACUCCACAGCAGAGUACUGGCGCGGAAGUUAGUCCAGGUGACACCGAGCAAGAAACGCCACCUAAUGAACCAGAAACGAAAGCGGAGGAGUCGUAA